AUGACGCACCGCUCACGAUCAGGCGGACCCUCCAAGACGCACAGGCAGCCCAAGAAGCGCGGGUCGAAACUACACCACCCGCCGCCGCGCGCACCUAUCCCCGAGGACCGCGACCAGGAGGAUGAGAAGGAGGAGACUGAGGUCGAGGAGGCCGAGGAGGAAGGCGUGCCACCCGCGUCAUACUUCGCCGUCCCAACCAACGACGAGGUCCUUACCGUUCUCCGGUGGGCGCUGCUCGAAACGCUGAACAGCGACGACUUCCCGGUCCUUGUACAGCGCGCCAAGGCGUUGCUGUUUGAGCGUCAAUGGCUCGAGCUGUUCACCGACCCGAGCCUGCUGGACGCAUAUGCGGGGCGGUGGGUUCCGAGCCGCGCGCUGUGUUUCCGCGACCUGCUGGCGGGUGUGCGGGAUGUGAGGAGGGUGUUUGCGGCGGAGGGAGGAAGGGGUGAGGGAGAGGUAGAGGGUGAGGGGAUGGAGAGCGAGGAGCCGAUCGAGAACAGCAAUGACGAGGACGAUCCGGCUGACGAGGAUGUGGCCGCAGAGACGCCCAACCUCGCGUCGCAACGUACCCACAUCCUCUCCCUCGGUGGUGGUGCCGGUUCCGAACUCCUCGCCAUCGCCGCUCUCGCCUCCCGUGGCGGCCGCAUUCGGUGGACCGGCGUCGAUGUCGGUGCUUGGGGAAGCGUAAUCUCGCGCAUCGAGGCAGCCGCGCGCGACCGGUGGAACAUUGACGCCGAGAUCGCCUUCAUCGAGGGCGACCUACUUGCCGCUCCAACCCCGCUUGGAGGUCCGACACCCGACACCUCGCCCACCGAGGACACGUUCCCACUAUCUAAAGAGGAUCCGCUCCCCUCGCCGCCCUUGACCCCCACCCACCCAGCCGCGUCGCCGGCCUUCUCGACCAUCCCGGCCCUCAAACACCUCCCUCCGCCCGACAUAACCUCAAUCUUCUUUACGCUCACCGAGCUGUUGUCGCAGAACCGGGCGCGGACCGUCGCCCUCCUACGCUCUAUCACUGCCGCCAUCCCCCGGGGUGGCUUGCUUUUGGUAGCGGAUAGCGCUAGCGAUAUCGCCGAGUUUCCGCUGGGCAAGGAUGGGCGCACGUGGCCUGUCUAUAUGGUGCUCGACGCUAUUGUUGGGGCCAUCUCCAAGGCCGAGGGUGAGGGGGGUUGGGAGACGGUGCGGAGGGAGGAUUCACGUUGGUUCCGGCUUAAUGGGGAGAGGUGGCCCUGCAAGCUCGAGAAUGCGCGGUACUGGCUGCGCGUGUACCGUCGUGUUUAG